AUGAGGUUCUAUUCGACGUCUUCGGAUCGUCUUACCAGCACUUCGGCGUUGGAGCACAAGUUGUCGCACCCUCACCGAAAGCUGCCGCCGCUUCCACAGCUCGAACGCCCAGUCAUGGAAGCUGGUGUGGCUGUGAGCAACAUUCUGUACAAUACGCCUCCUCCUAGCACGCAACCCUACCGCCGCCAUAUCCUGAAUAUGUUUGUCCAGGAUGAGCCAGGUGUGUUGGCUCGUGUAUCGGGCUGCUUGGCUGCGCGUGGUGUGAACAUUGAUUCGCUGGUAGUGUGUGCUACUGAUGUGCAGGAUCUUUCGCGUAUUUGUCUUGUGCUUCGCGGCCAAGAAGGUACUAUUGAACAGGUGCGUCGCCAGCUGGAGGACUUGGUGCCUGUGUGGGCUGUCGUGGAUUACACGAACACAAAGGUGAUUGAGCGUGAGAUUAUGCUGGUGAAAGUCUCGACGCUGGGUCCUGAGUACUUCGAGCAGAACCAUUUGGGUCUCUCGGCGGAAGCGGAAUCUGAGGUGGACUACGCUGUGGCACAGGCUGAUACGGGCAAACCAUCGCGGACGAGUCCCAUUUUGAGCUCCACAGAGGCUCUCUCUAUUAAGAACGACAACCUUCGCUCGAUUGUGUCGCUAGCUGAGCAAUUCCAAGGCCGUGUUGUGGACGUGAGUGACUCGGCCGUGAUUGUGGAGCUGAGUGCUAAGUCGUCGCGCCUGGACGCUUUCUUCAAAUUGGUGCGUCCAUUUGGUAUCCUGGAGCUUUCCCGUUCGGGUACCAUGGUGCUGCCGCGUACGCCUAUUAAGUCAGCAUGGAGGGGCCUUCAAGACCGUGAAGAACUGGACAGCAGCAUUGUAAUGGAUGCAACGAUGCUGCCGCCGGGUUAA